ACAAAAGCGACGGCGGCCAUCUUGGGCGAGCAGCCGCAGCGCCGCUUCCCCGCCGCAUCGACCUUGCUCUCGGUUCCGCUCCCGCCGCUGCCGCCGCCUGCCUCGGCCGCCCUCUGCCGCCGCCUCCUUCCUCCUUUCUCCUCUUCUCCCGUCCUCUCGCCGCCGCAGCCUCCUUUCGCGCGUCCGGGCGGGCCCCGCAGGAAUUCGUCCCCACCGGCCUCACACUAGUGUCGCAUGUCCACUAUCCAGAACCUCCAAUCCUUCGACCCCUUCGCUGAUGCCACUAAGGGUGACGACUUACUCCCGGCAGGGACCGAGGAUUACAUCCAUAUAAGGAUCCAGCAGCGCAACGGCAGGAAGACGCUCACCACGGUCCAGGGCAUCGCGGAUGACUAUGACAAGAAGAAGCUUGUGAAGGCGUUCAAAAAGAAAUUUGCCUGUAAUGGUACUGUGAUUGAACAUCCCGAGUACGGCGAGGUUAUUCAGCUUCAAGGUGACCAAAGGAAAAACAUUUGCCAGUUUCUCUUGGAGGUUGGCAUUGUCAAGGAGGAGCAGCUUAAGGUUCAUGGGUUCUGACAGGAGCCCACACACAGGAGAGUUUCUUGGAUGAUUUUGUUCUCUAAACCCAGCUUGGCUGCCUUGUGAGAUGAUUCUCUGCAGUGAACGGACUUUUUAUUUCUUCAGCUAUUCAAACUUCCAUUCCCAUCUGCAUGACAGGAGACAUGGGAUGUAUGGGCUGGAAACACACAAGGAAAUCGCAGUCAGAUGGUAAUGAAGCCCUGUAUUCCUCUUAACAUGUUUCCAAUGGAAAAUAUUUCAUUUUGAGUGUUUAUUGUUUAUUUUCAGUUGACUAAAUGUUUUUUGUUGUAUUAAACCAUGUAUGUUGCAGCUUAACAAUAAAAAAUCUGAAUUCUUUUAUGA